AUGGAGGUUCAUCAUACGGGAACGGAGACGUCGACCGAGUUCUACGACUUUUUGCCGUGCGGCGUCAUCGACUAUGACUGCUCCGAUUCCUCGAAUUCCUUGUCUCCUCCUCGCAAUGACUAUAUUUCCGAAUCUCUCAGAAUUGUUUCUAAAAUUGCAGUCGACUAUGCGUUUGAUCAUGAGGAAACCCUCAAUAAAGUGAGUUUGUUUUCAUAUUUUUCUGUUGACAUUGAUAGUUGCUUUCUUUUUUAAAUAGCACUCACAAGAAAAAUCAGAUCAAUUUUCAUAUUCGUUUCAUAUUCCCGAAAAAUUUCAUAUCAUUCUGACUCUUAUAUAAAUUUUAUAUAAUGGUAUAGUUGACAAAAUCCGCGAUUUCUCAAACCUAAUGUAUAAGUAGCCGGAAAAGUUUGAAUAGAGCUUGAUUGAAUAAAAUGUCCACUUUUUCAUUGUGAUAAGAUUACGGUAACUGCAGCCCAAUGCCAUCGUUAUUCUCUGCGCACAUUGUCAAAAGCCCAUUCAAGAGAAGAUUAUUUUGCAUGUCGAGGGAAGGUAUGAUAAUGACGAUGAUCAGUUUUGAAAUAAAAUCCAAACAAUUAUUACAGAACCUGGCAUGAGGGAUGCUUACAGUGCUCUUCUUGUGAUACAACUCUCACCGCCAAGUGUUUCUUCAAAGAUCCAAAGUUUUACUGUAAAAGCUGCUACUAUCGGUUAGUUGAGGGAUGUACUGAUUGCUAAUUGGCCACCCUGCUUAGUCCCAAGGGACCCCUCUCAAUAGUCAUCAACUAAUCAUUCCCUCGUUAGUGACGCGACAUCCUCAAACUGUUUGAUUCAAUGAAUUUGAGUAGGAAGUUAUGAAGAUGGGUUAUAACCGAAUUCGUGCAAGAUUGGCCUAUGAUUCAGAUGAAUAACCGUAUUAUUGUCUAACAAAUCCUAAAAUAACAUGCUUUAGGAAGUGGUUAAUGAGGCACAGUUGCGCGAAUAUUCUCUAGAGCAGCUGGUAGCUAACCUGCUCUGAUUACAUAACGUUACAGUAAUCUUCAUGCUCCAUAUACUGACCCCUUCUAUUAUAUGAUUUGUGUGUGCGCGGGGGUUUGUGUACUCCAACCCGUUUCUCUUUUCCGGUUUCAACCAUAUUUUCCACAACCGAGCCUCCCAAAUCAAAUCAGAGUGUCAGUUUACACGUUUGCGCGGAAAAUUCGGUUUGCACAUAAGUUAUUGUGAGGCGAAGCGUAGAAACUUCUGGAUCUUCUUCUGGAGGAUCGAUAGUUCAACGUAGAGAUGAGACAUGAUGGCUAACCAAGUUAUUCUUUAUAUGCUUUGUGCUCCACACAUCCUAAACCGAACAAAUCCGUUUAAGCAAACGUGGGGGAUGUUGUGUGUGUCUAUUCGUGUUCAAGGAAAGAAAGAAAGGGGGAAACGUCGCGGAUGCUGACCGAAUUGUCUUUGGAAAACGCGAAAAGGAGAUAAAGUCAACUUCAUAGUUGAAAAACUCCGAACUUCCUUGACAAAGAAAUGGGGAAAACAUGGUUCGCUUGUACAUAAUUCUACCGCCAAAAGAAGAAGGAGAACAAUUGACGUUUGAUUUCAAUGUAGUAUACAAACUCAAGUGCUUUUUGAUAGGGACCUCCGCUGGCAGAUGGCUCAGCUCAGCGGUACGGUAAAAAGAUCCGCCGACAUGUUGCGCGGUUUCGUGUAUACAGCCAUUGAUUAACCCACUUGUGUCCUCUUGGGACUCUGUUCAUAGUAUAACGACAACAAUUGCAGAGAGUUCGGUCCUAAAUGUGCUUCUUGUGAUAGAGUAAUCCAGUCAACUGAUUGGGUACGAAGAGCACGAAACCUCGUGUUCCAUCUCGCCUGCUUUGCUUGUAACCAGUGCAAAAGGUGAGUUUGGAGUGCAUCGAACAUUCUGUGAACGGUGUUUUUCAGGCAACUGAGCACCGGAGAAGAGUUUGCUCUUCAAGAAGGGAAGCUGAUGUGCAAGCAACAUUUUUUGGAACUUGUGGAAGGAGAAAGUGGAGUGGCUAAUCAGAAAGCAAAAACGAAAAGAGUCAGAACCACUUUUGGUGAGGAACAACUCUCUGUUCUCCAGGUAUAAAGGCUCGAUGAAACCAAAAAUGUAUUGUGGUUAUUGCAGGCUUACUUUAAUCGCGACAGUAACCCAGACGGUGCGGACCUCGAGAAGAUCGCCACAAUGACGGGACUGAGCAAGAGGGUCACUCAAGUCUGGUUCCAGAAUUCUCGCGCUCGGCAGAAAAAGUGGCACCUCAAGUCUGAGGGUGACAACGAAGGAAGUCAGCGUUCGUCUGUCGGACCCAUAAGUCCUGGCCAGAAGUCUGACAGCAGUAGUGAUAUGAUGUACCCAACAUCCGUCACUAUAAGGUAA